AUGCAGAGACGGCUGGACAGUUUAAAGUUGCUGCAUUCUGUCGAGGCAAUUUAUACGGGGGGAACGAUUCAGUGGAGUUCGGAUGGCAAGGCUUUGUUCUCUUCAUGUGGUAACCACAUAAAGGUGUCAUGUAUUGAGAAUAAAGAACAGAGUUACAAAAUUGGAGAUGAAGAUGACCCUCUGAGAGCAUCAACUUUCUUGCUAAAUGAGAAGUGUGGCUCUAUUAUUGUUGCUUAUACCAAUGGUCUUUUGCGGAUUUAUCGCAUCCCUUUAUCAAAAAUUGUUUUUGAAGAAACAAACCUGGAGAUUCUUCGGCAAUGGAAAUCUACUCACACUGCACCAGUUCUAAUCAUGAAAUUUUCCGAGGAUAACACAUUGCUUGCUACUGGAUCAGCUGAUUUUAGUGUGAAGAUUUGGAAUAUUGAAGAACGUAGUUGUGUUGGCUCGCUCAAAGGUGUUAGUGCUGUUAGCGCUGUACAGUUUCUUCCUGAUUCGCGUGUCAUUGUUGGCUAUGCAGAUGGCAAGGCAUCGUUAUUUAAUUUGAACAGCGCCAAGAAACUAGCUUUUCAAUGGAAUAAUCAUAUAAGUCAGAUUGUAAAUAUUAUUGUUCGACAACUACCGGAAGUAAUACUUUUGAGCCGUGAUCAAACGUUCUCUAUUAUUAAUAUAGAUACUUAUCAAAAAAUUAGUGUUCUUCCUUUGUUCGAACCCAUAGAAUCAGCAGUUAUUGCAUCUGAACUGUUAUUCACUGUGGGAGAGGAAGGUGUUUUAAAAUGUUGGAAUUUGGAUAAUGCGAAACUAUUGAAGUCUGCUAAUAUAUCCAGAUCGCGAAUCGACAUUAUUCUCUACAACUCUACUUGUGAAAAAUUCCUUCUAGCUACCUCAGACUAUAAUGUUUUUCUGGUAGAUAGAAAGACAUUCAAAAUUGAUCGGCAGUUUGUUGGUUUUAACGAAGAAAUUUUCGAUAUAUGCUUCAUUGGGCCGAAAUCGGAAUAUUUGGUUGUAGCUACCAAUAGUGCUGAUUUACGUUUGUAUGAUACGAGAACAUGGUCUUGCCAUCUAAUUACUGGACAUAUGGAUAGCGUACUAUCACUUUCGAAUCUCUCAUGCGAUCCAGAAGUUUUCGCAAGUUCUUCCAAAGAUAAUACUUUCAUAAUAUGGCAUGUCAGUCUGAACAGUGAUGAAAAAAAUGUUAAAAAGAUAGCAGUAGCUACUGGACAUACAAAUGAUGUCACUCGUAUUCGAUGUUCCAACAGUUCAAAGCAUCACUUUAUUGUUUCUGUAUCUAAUGAUACUACUAUAAAAUUGUGGCCGGUGAAAAAUUUAAAGGAGAGAGAGGAAGACAUUAAACUUGAGUCAUCGGCGACUUUGGUUGCUCAUGCAAAGGAUAUAACGUGCUUAGAUAUUAGUUUGAAUGAUCGGUUAUGUGUCACGGGUUCAAUGGAUAAGACAGCUAAAUUAUGGCAUAUUGACACAACUAAAAUGCAUUUUACUAUUGGUGGCGCGCUGAAUGGUCAUCGUCGUGGCGUUUGCGAUGCUCGUUUUUCGUCUAAUACUCAGACAGUGGUAACAUGUAGUGGUGAUUGUUUGAUCAGAAUAUUUUCACUGCCAAGCCGUGAUUGCAUCGCUACUUUAGCUGGACAUCCAUCCGCAGUAUUAAAUGGUAUACUAGUGAAUAAUGGUAAGCAAAUAGUUUCUGGAGAUAGUGGCGGCUUGCUCAAAAUAUGGGAUAUAUCAGCUAAUGAAUGUGUUGCUACACUAGAAGCUCAUGAUGAAAAAAUAUGGGCUUUACAAGUGACAGACAAUGAAAACCGAUUUGUUACCGCCAGCAGUGAUGGGCGAAUAAGAAUUUGGGAAGAUAUUUCCGAAAGAAAGCGUGAAGAGGAAGAACAAAGUCGCUCAGAAAAAGCUCGAAAUGAACAAGUUAUGACUAACCUUAUGCAACAAAAUCGUUAUGCAGAAGCUUUGGCGUUUUCACUGACACUGUCAAGGCCAUAUGCAUGCUUCCAAAUAGUGCAGAAAAUGGUGGAGCUUGACUCCGAUGACUUCAAAGAUGCCAUCGAGAAACUAGGAUCGGAAGAGUUGAUAAUGCUUUUGAACUUUGCAGCUCAGUGGAAUACAAACAGUCGAACAGCGGAUGUUGCACAGAGAGUCUUAUAUUGUGUUCUGCAUUCGUAUUCUCCCGAAGAUUUGUUGAAAUUGCCAAACUUUGCAUCAGUUGUAGAAGCUUAUAUCCCAUAUACAUCCAGGCAAUAUCAUAUCGUUCGAAAUAAAAGUUAUUGUAUUCGCAUUUUCAGGCACUUUGAUCGUUUAACAAGAGCCAAACAAAAUGCUGCAUUUCUAAACUAUACUGUAGCUCAGAUGACGCUUUCAGACUCGUAA